AAUGCUGAUGAGUUGUCCGGCAUGCUAAAGUGUGUGUGCUCUAGCACACGUGUGUCCCUUCCCUGCCCCCUUUCUUCCUUUUCCCCAGCCCCUUCUCUCUGCUUCUCCUCCUACUCCUUUAGCCCCUCCCUCUGUGCCUUAGUUCUGCAGUAGGCUGGCUUUAUGAACAUUCCUGCAUUGCAAGGCUUUCGGUUAAGGAUGUAUUGUGGCUUUUGUUUGGAUUUCAGCGUGCAGAAUCACAGCCGUUCAGAGGAGACUCAUUACAACUCCUGCUGAAGCUACUAAUCUUCCUCCCUCUGCCCCUCCCCCACCCUCACUUGGCCUGAAGACACUGUCCCCAAUUUGCCUUACUCUCUUGCUAUGUGUAUGGUGAACCUGGCAGUAUGGCUGCGUCUGGGACUGGCCAGACAACUGCUGUUGGCUCUCCCUAUUCCAGGAAGAAUUUAAAGGGAAAUUGUACAGCAGGCAGUAUACCAACCACAGCAGCAACCCCAGGAACCUGGUGACUAGGGCUCCCUGGCUUUGUCACAGGCAUGCAAAGCUGACUGCAGUGACAGUAGCUGCUCCUGAGAACUGAAGACAGCAGCCAGGUGGCAACAGGAAGUGAGCCAGUUCCUGAGCACGAGAUGAACUCCACCUGGGAUGGUAAUCAGAGCAGCCAUCCUUUCUGUCUUCUGGCACUGGGCUAUUUGGAAACUGUCAGGUUCUGUCUUUUGGAAGUGCUAAUUAUUGUCUUUCUAACUGUAUUGAUUAUUUCUGGCAACAUCAUUGUGAUUUUUGUGUUUCACUGUGCACCUCUGUUGAACCAUCAUUCUACAAGUUAUUUUAUCCAGACAAUGGCAUAUGCUGACCUCUUGGUUGGGGUAAGCUGCCUGGUCCCUUCCUUAUCACUCCUCUACUACCCUCUUCCAAUGGAGGAGUCCAUGACUUGCCAAGUAUUUGGUUUUGUAGUGUCAGUUCUGAAGAGCAUCUCUAUGGCUUCUCUGGCCUGUAUCAGCAUUGAUAGAUAUAUUGCCAUCACUAAGCCUUUAACCUAUAAUACCCUGGUUACUCCCUGGAGACUACGCCUCUGUAUUUUUCUGAUUUGGCUGUAUUCCACCCUGGUCUUCCUGCCUUCCUUCUUCCAGUGGGGUAAACCUGGAUAUCAUGGAGAUGUAUUUCGGUGGUGUGCAGAGUCCUGGCACACCAACUCCUACUUCACAUUGUUCAUCGUGAUGAUGCUGUACGCCCCAGCUGCCCUCAUUGUCUGCUUCACGUAUUUCAACAUCUUCCGAAUCUGCCAGCAGCACACAAAAGAAAUCAGCGAAAGGCAAGCCCGAUUCAGCAGCCAGAAUGGGGAGACUGGGGAAGCCCAGACCUGUCCAGAUAAGCGCUAUGCCAUGGUCCUAUUCAGAAUCACCAGUGUGUUUUAUGUCCUCUGGUUGCCAUACAUCAUCUACUUCUUGCUGGAGAGUUCUACUGGCUGCAGCAGCCGCCUCGCAUCCUUCCUGACUACCUGGCUUGCUAUUAGUAACAGUUUCUGCAACUGUAUCAUUUACAGUCUCUCCAACAGUGUUUUCCAAGGAGGACUAAAGGGCCUUUCAGGGUCUGUGUGUACUUCUUGUGCAAAUCACACCACAGCCAAGGACCCUUACACAAUUAGACACAAAGGACCCCCUAACGGAUCCCAUAUCUGAGGGGGCUCAUAUAUUCAGUCGCUCUAUUUUCAAGGAGAAAGGAUGGCUUUGGUUCAGUUUUUUUCUUCAUCUCUGCUUCCAGUUCACUAGAGAUGUAGGAGCAGCUACAGACUAUCCAGAUAACCUUCAUAGUUUGCACAAGUUGCUUCCUAAAUGAGAUUUAAAAUUAGAAGAAUCAGGAUCAUGAAAAGAAUCACUCUUGAUCCAGUUUUUGAAAUGUCAUGGAAGUGACUACAGUUCUCAGAUUCAAAAGGAGUAAAGCCAUAGUUGACACUCUCCCCACUGGCAUGGCUGAAUCUGGGUGUGAAAAGCAUCAGCAUGUUAAAAAUAACCAUUUUCUUGCCCCUUUCUGGAUUCUUAAAUGCAAGUUGGAAUUUAUGUGCAAUUGGUAUCUUCUAACAGAAAAUAUUAACAUAUAUUGAUGAACUAGCAAGGACUUUAUCUGUGCCAGAAUAUAACUUACUGCAAGUUUCAGCAUUCAUUUAGAUAGUGAAAUGUUUUGUUUUCUUGCCUUUUGAGAGAAAUCACCAUAGGAUGAGUAAUGUGAGCACUGAAUAUUUUACUUUUUAGAGUUUUGAAAUGAAGCAACUGUGCAGUGAAGCUACACAGUAUGUGAGAGCCAGCUGCUUUCACCUCAUGCUUCUGAGCAUUGUGAGCAUGUGUGCAGUAAUGACAUUACAGUGCUCUUCCUGGACCUCUGUCUAUAAAUAUUGAGAAUGUGUACACUAAGUUGGGUGUUUUAUAACAAAAUGUAUUUAAUCUAAAUAAAUAAUAGAUGGAUAGCUGUCCAGUUGUAAUGUGAAAAUGUGUUUUUUAAAGUGACUGUAGUGGUUUUUGUUCUAAUCCAAAGUCUUCAAUGAGAACUGAGUCCUCUGACACAAUCAGCCCAGGGUCAGCGUAAACUGUCUGUCUUCUAGAUAGUCAGCUAGCAUCACCGUUUUGGAAAACAUUUUUUCCCUAUUAAG